AUGAUUAAUGGUCGUUAUUUUGUGGAAAUGUGUCCAAAACAUUGUUCACUAUGUAAUAUAACAUCAGAAUGUGGUCGAUAUAAAUUAUGUCGAAAUAAUGGUAAAUGUUUUCAAGAUGAAUAUGGUACUUAUCAAUGUAUGUGUUCAUCGUCAAAGUCGUCGUAUGGUACAUUAUGUGAAUAUCGACGAACAUGUUUAAAUAAUCCAUGUUCAUCAAAAAACGAAUACUGUAUGCAAAUUUUGAGUGAAAAUUAUAUUUGCUUAUCGAAACAAAUUAAAGAACAAAUAUAUAUUAUUCUAAAUUCAACUUCUAGAAAUAAUUCUAAAAAUAGCCAAAGGGCAAAUUAA